AUGAAUGAUUAUGGAGGACUAGGUAUAGUUCUUGAGGAAGCAGAGAAUGAAAAUAAUCUAUCAAAUCUAAGUCAGCAAUUGAAACAACAGGUCCAACAAAAGCAUACCAGUAUAUCAUCACGACAAUCAAGUAUCGUUAGUUUAUCCAAAUCUAUUUCCCGAAAGACAUCAUCAGCAUCACUAACUCAAACCCCAGCUUCUAUUACCACCGAUAAUGAAAGACUACCACAUCCUGAGACGCAGUCACAGCAACAUGAACUUGAAGGUGAAAGUGAUAACGACAACGAUGAGGACAAUGAGAGAAUCACCAGAGGUUCGCGAAAAAAUUCAGCCUCCAAAAUUACGACGGAAAUACUAUUGCCGCCACUACCAGGCGCACUUGAAGAUCUAAUUACCACCACACCAGUUGCUGUCAACUCAUUUACGGCCAAUGGUUGUGAUGACAGCGUUUCCACUGGAUCAGACAAUGCCUCACAUGAAAGUUUCAAUUUGGGUGAGUUUAACCAAAUUUAUCAACAUUCAAAAUCUACAUUUUCCAACUCGGCUUUGAAUUCUCCGAAUUUGCAAUUGAACCAAACCAAUUUACAAGUGUUUCCAAGUGUUUCUAAAAAUGGUAUUAGUGAAGUGCCAACCAAUUCUAAUGGGAACACAAGUAAUGUAACAACUAUUUCUCAAGUACCACUACCACUUCCAACAACUAGUACAACCACAACAUCCACAGGCAACGAGAAAACAAGUCCCUUAAAAAGAUUGAAAAAUGGGAUUAGAAAGUUAUCACUCACUUCAAUCACUAGUAGCAAUAACAGCAGUAGUUGUUCCACCCCUACUGGUGCCAAAUUUUUUGCCAACACUACUACCACUAGUCCAGCCAAUCCAAUUCCGAUGCGUCCAAUUUUGAGUCCAAUUCAAGUUGUUAAGCCACCUCAGCCACUGCAUUCAGUAUCAUCGUCGACAUCAGCCGAUUCAUCUUUUUCUUCUAAAUUUGAACGAGCUCGUGCGUCAAGUCAAGGAACAACAAUAUUUACUCCUGUCACUCCUCCAAUUACUACUUCCCCUGUUAUAACUAUUGGUGACGAUUUAGAUUGUACCAAACGGACAUUAUCCAAGAUUGAGCAAUCUUAUUUUGAUUCCUUGACUUCACAAACAGUUAAUUCGAUUGAAGAAUUGAUUACGGUUGAAGAUUUAUUGAAUUAUCUGCAAUUUUUGAUUCAACAAAGAACAGCAUUAGAUGAUGUGUUCCAAAAAACCAAGGAAAGGUUACAGGCAAGUGGAUGGUGUUCCAAUCACGAUUUAAACAAUUUGCAAUUGCAACAAGAUUCAUCUCGUUGUCAAAUUGAUACCUCAUUAUUGAAAAUUGAAGAACGAUUAAAUCGUGAGUUUUCGUGCUCAGUAUUGGGAAAUAGUACUCCGACUAACCCAAUAAAGAGUGGUGCUAACACUACUACUCAUUCUAAACACAACUCAAUUACAAGGUCAUUAGCAGGUGACGAUAUUAGAGAACCAAUUGUUAGUCCAAGUUUAAAAGUUUUAGAAAGUAGAUGUGUUUCAUUCACAGAAUUCUAA